GUUUGCGUAACAAAAUAACGACGAAGAUUCCGAGAUCGUCACAUGGGAACGACGAUGACAUUUAUGGAAGGUUUAUUGGAAUCCGAACGAUUCGACUCAACGAUUCGCCUUCUACUUCUCUAAGCCAACUACUCUCUCCCUCUCCCAUUCUCACGACAUUCACUCCCACUGCUACUACUUCUUCUCCUCCUCUUUCUUCCAUUGUACGGAUCAACAGUUUUGCAGGUCAGGCUUAUGAUUCGGAGCAUUGAAAAUCAAUAGUGGACACUACACAGUACACAAUGAUCGGCAAGCAGCAUAUGUUAACGUACAUAUACCUUCUACUUUACAUUACCCUUUCAUCUGGGGUUAUUCUCUACAACAAGUGGUUCCUCUCCACAAGGUAUUUCAACUUUCCGUAUCCAAUCACACUCACCAUGAUUCAUAUGGGUUUUUCUGGUGCCGUGGCCUUCUUUCUUAUCCGUGUUGUCAAGGUUGUUUCCCCUAUCAAAAUGACCUUCAAAAUAUACAUGACUUGUGUGGUUCCCAUAAGCGCCUUCUUUGCAUCAAGUCUAUGGUUUGGCAAUACUGCUUAUUUGUUCAUUUCGGUGGCCUUCAUCCAGAUGCUUAAAGCCCUAAUGCCUGUGGCAACGUUCCUGGUGGCUGUGUUUUGUGGCACAGAUGUUUUAAGGUGUGAUGUGUUCUUAAACAUGGUGCUUAUCAGUGUUGGAGUAGCUGUCUCCUCAUAUGGGGAAAUUCAUUUUAACAUGACUGGUACAGUUUACCAAGUCAUGGGAAUUGUUGGAGAGGCCCUCAGGCUUGUAUUGACCCAAGUUCUUCUUCAGAAAAAGGGUUUAACUUUAAAUCCUGUUACCACUCUGUAUUACAUAGCACCAUGCAGCUUUGUGUUUCUGUCUAUUCCUUGGUAUAUUCUGGAGAGUCCUGCAUUAGAAGUUUCUCAGAUUCAGUUUAAUUUCUGGAUUUUUUUCUCAAAUGCACUUGCGGCACUGGCAUUGAAUAUUUCAACUUUCUUAGUAAUUGGUAGAACUGGAGCAGUAACUAUCCGAGUUGCUGGGGUCAUGAAAGAUUGGAUAUUGAUUGCCCUGUCAACAGUUAUAUUCCCCGAGUCUAUGAUUACAGGUCUCAACAUAACUGGUUAUGCAAUAGCUUUAUGUGGUGUUGUUGUGUACAACUACUUAAAGAUGAGGGAUUCUCGUUCCUCUCAACUUCCUUCAGGAAUUAUCCCAGAUAAAGCAGUACUGGAGCUAAAGAUGGAGAAGUCAUAUGAUGUGUAUACACUGGAUGACGAAGACGAGAAGAAGAAGAAGAGCAAUGUUGGAAGAAGUGGAUGGAAUAGUUCCGGUCCAGAUGCUAGAGUGGAUGAAGAAGCACCUCUAAUUCCUUCACUGAAAUCCCAGCUUGGCAAAAGUUAGCAGCCAGCUCUAGGAGUGACCAAAAAAUGAGAUAGUAAGUGAACAUUACAACACCAUAUCCUUUUAAUUUUUUUUUGUUGAAUUGGUUUUGUUAGAGCAUCGUAUAGUCAAAGUAGUUAGAGUGGUCUUUCAUUGUAAAGAAAAACCUAUUCUUUUAGUAAGUAACGAGGGAUUAUUUUUUACUAAAUUCUCCCCAGGAUUCCAUUGUAAGCAUCAGUGGCUUUGAUAUGGCAGUUAUUAUUGUACCUUC